AUGGCCUUAUUUACGACAAACCUAAAUAAACCGUUAUUAUGGGACUCAAUGAUCAAGGGUGAAACUAAGUCGAACAUCCAGAGAUUCAUCGAACCAGUGGCAAUUGAUGAAAAACAAUUCCGUGAAAUCCACGAAGAAAACAUGAAGAACUCAGACUUCAAGCUUUACUACUCAGACAUGAAAGAGACUAAGGAAAGAUGGGAGCAGGCAAGACGUGAGUCUUCACAAGCCUUGGAAACACUGAAGGAAUGGAAGAAGAAACUGGAAUGUUUCCCUCUUCUAAAGAAGUCCAAAGAAUCCGGAUCGCUACUCAAGGGUAAAGACAAAGACAUCUACGAACUAAGGGAAGAAGGAUUGGCGGAUAAAAUCGAGGAAGCUAAGAAAUUGGACGACGCCAAGAAUAAAGAAAAAACUAAGCUAAGAGAGCAGUGGGUCCACGCUGAUCGCCUCUGGAAAGAAUUUUCCCUGACAAUGCUGGGCCAGCCCUUCGCCUACGAAAGCGACGGUAAAUUCUUCAGAAUCGGAGGAGGAACAAUCUCACUACGACAAAAACCUAAGAAAAAUCUGGACGAAAUGGGAACUGAGUUUCGGGAAUUCUUGAUGGAUAAGAAGAGCGUUACAACGAUGAGCUUUGCAAAAAUAACUGAGAUUCUUUACAAAUACGAGAAAGCCUGCGAACCUGGAACCCACGAUCGCGGACAAGUAGGAGAGGUACUCAACUUCGUCCGAGAAAAUCCGACCUGCUCAAGACAAGAUUUCUUAGAUGAGGCAAUGAAGAUUGCAGAUGCGGACUUCAAGGUCGAGCUUCAACGACACAUAAAAUCACUAAGAAAAAACAAAGAAUAUGAAAACGAUCUGAACAAUUCAAUCGACCCCACAACUGAGAGAGAUGAAAUACUGAAACAAGGACGCGCAGACUUCCAGGUCGCCAAAAUGAUGCAACGGAAGCUGGCACCCGUUCGGGAACAUUUAACUGAGGAAGAAAGAUCGAGGUAA